UUACUUUAUUUUGGGUAUUUCUUCUCUCCACUCCCUUUCUUGCGCUUGCAAGUCUCAGCUCCAGCUGUUAAAAUAAAGUCUCUGGACGUAGAAAAUGAUAGAGAGAGAGAGAGAGAGAGAGAGUCGAGUGAAAGGGAGGGAAGAAAAGACUAUACAGUUGACAAAUUAGGUAGUGAUUCUUCUUUUCCUUUCUUCUUUUACCUUCUCCCUUUUCUUGCUUAAUAAUUGUCAUAAUUAUUUGAAAGAGAGAGAGUUCAAUUACAAGAGGCCGAGAUAGCUUGCCUCAGAUCCAGGGAAGUCAAGUAAUAGUUUGAAAAAAAAAAAAGGUGCUUUCUUUCAUAGGGUUUUCCUGUGAUUCUUGGCUUUGCCUUUCUUGGGUUUCUUUCUCAUGACCCCUUUUUCUCUUUCUUUCUUGUGUUAGAUAAGGGGUUGGUUUCAUAUUUAAUCUGAUUUUUUGUUUUUUUUCUUCUUUCUAUUUUACAGUUUUUCAUUUGUGCAUUUAAAGGUUUUUCUGGUUUUUUCUUUCUGCCGUAGUUGAUGGAGGUAGAUAGAGAAGAGUCCAGAGAAGAAGUUGACAAGGCCUCAAACAUGUCUUUUUAGCCUAUUUAGGGCUCAUAUUUCCGCAAAUAGAAGUGUCGAUCCAUUGUUGUUGGCCAGAUCUGACUACCCAUUUCCUUUUCACCACCUUUUAGCUCAUCUAUACAUUCAUAUCUCCUGAAUUUGCACCCUCUUUUGGCCUUUAUUUGGGUGCCUUAGGCAUGGACAAUGGUCUGUUAAAACCCACCAUUCACAUUCCAAAAUCAUUCCCAAUAAGAGAAGAAAGUCAAAAAUUAAUUGAGAAAUGACAGGUUGUGUGAUGUUAGAGGGGUCAAAGGGUAACUUUUUGUACUGCCCAGAUAAGGAUUUUGAUGGAGGAGAUGUCUCCGGCGGUCACGGUGCCAUUUAGAGUAGGUAACUCAGUCUGUGAUAACCCAAACAUAGCUACCCACAUGGAUGUCACAAGACUUAAGCUAAUGACAGACACGGCGGGUUUGCUAUCUGAUUCUGUCACCAGGGGUUCCAGUGAGACGGUUGCAGCUGGUGAAGAGGAUUGUAAUUGUAGUUAUUUGGAGAAUGAAGUUAGUUUUGUAGAAGUUUCAGUGCCAAAAGAGGACGAGGAAGGAGAAGCUCCUUUGUUGGAUAUGAUAUCUCAAGACGGAAGCAAUUGGGUUUCUGCUGCUGAUGAGAUAGCUCGGGAAAGUGAGGAAGAUGAUUCCUUAUCAUUGGAAGGCGAUCAGAUUCUUGAUAGCUCUUGUUCACUCUCUGUGGCUAGUGAGUCAAGUAGCUUAUGUUUAGAAGACUUCCUCGUUUAUGAGGCUAGUCCUGACAUAGGGACAUUGACUUCUGUAGACGUUGAGAAGGGCAUUUGCUGUGUUGAUGUUGCAAGGGCUUCAGAUUUGGGUGAUUCAAAAGUUGAGACAGAGAUCACAACCGAACCCCUUGCUAUGACGGUGAGCCUCGAGAAAGAAAAUCGUGAUGGGUCUGACCAAAAGCCAUCUGAAGUUGUUCAAUUGCCUGUGGAAACAGUGGUCAAAGAAACAGUAAGCCGCAGUGUUUUUGAGGUAGACUAUGUGCCACUUUGGGGGUUUACGUCCAUGAUUGGAAGAAGACCAGAGAUGGAAGACGCACUUGCCACUGUACCUCAACUUUUAAAAAUUCCAAUUCAAAUGCUGAUUGGCGACCGGGUACUUGAUGGCAUGAGCAAGUGUUUAAACCAGACUGUUCAUUUCUUUGGAGUCUAUGAUGGUCAUGGAGGCUCUCAGGUUGCAAACUAUUGUCGUGAUCGUGCACAUUUGGCUUUGGUUGAAGAGAUAGAGUCCGUUAAGGAAGGCCUUAUUCAUGAAAGUGUCAAAGAUAAUUGCCAAGAGCAAUGGAGAAAAGCAUUUACCAAUUGUUUUCAUAAGGUUGAUGCUGAAGUUGGAGGGAAGGCUAGUCUUGAGCCUGUUGCCCCGGAAACUGUUGGUUCCACUGCUGUUGUUGCCCUUAUUUGUUCGUCUCAUAUAAUAGUAGCAAACUGUGGAGAUUCAAGAGCAGUUCUGUGUCGUGGUAAAGAACCCAUGGCAUUAUCAGUGGAUCAUAAACCAAAUCGGGAAGAUGAAUAUGCAAGGAUUGAGGCAGCUGGGGGCAAGGUCAUACAAUGGAAUGGGCAUCGUGUUUUUGGUGUUCUUGCUAUGUCGAGGUCUAUAGGCGAUAGAUAUUUAAAACCGUGGAUCAUUCCAGAACCAGAAGUGAUGUUUAUUCCUCGAACAAAAGAUGACGAAUGCCUCAUUUUAGCCAGUGAUGGUUUAUGGGAUGUUAUGUCAAAUGAAGAAGUGUGUGACCUUGCUCGGAGACGAAUACUUCUCUGGCACAAGAAGAAUGGCAUUACUCCACUUACGCUGGAAAGAGGCGAAGGAAUUGAUCCCGCAGCUCAGGCAGCUGCGGAGUUGCUUUCGAACCGUGCUCUUCAAAAAGGAAGUAAGGACAACAUUACUGUAAUUGUGGUGGAUUUGAAAGCUCAAAGGAAGUUUAAAAGCAAAACAUGAUGGCUUCUUAUGAUCUGAUAUCGUGUUGCCCAUUUGUUUUUCACCUGGGCUUCAUUGCUUAAUGAGAGCCGCAGUCUGUACGUAUCAUAGAACAUCUGCCAUGCCAUUCUAGAAUCUUCUGUUUUUUUAUUUUUAAGUGUUUGAUAUACGCUGUGCUGUGCCCACUUUGGCUGUGUAAAUCUUUGCUGCUUGGUAGUAGAAAUAGGAAAAGGUGGCAGUGUGAUGCUUUUAACAUUGUGGGCAAAUUGUAUUCAUUAUGCCUCCGAGUUAAACAGCUCAGUGAGGUAUUUACCCCUAAAUAUUAUUUCAAUCCUAAUGCUUAUAAAAGUAGUAAAUUUG